CUAUAAAAACCCACCAAACCAACUUCUCCUCAGUCAUUCAACCAAGACAACCCAACAACUAACACAAAAUGCAAAAAAUCGUAAUUUUUGCACUCGCCUUCCUGGCCCUUGCCUCAGCCGCUCCGCCAAACGACCAAAGGGAAACUAAAUGGAAGGUACAAGACCCCGGAAUCCUCAAACUACAACACCGUGAAAAAGUCUUCGAAAAUGCAAACCACCGCGUCGAUGCAACUGGACAAGUUCAGAAGAAUUUCGUCAAUAAAGAUGCCCCAACUUUGCUUGGAGGAAGAGUUGAUUAUCAAAAUAAACCAAGCAAUACUGGCUUGGGAGUGGAAGCAGUUAAUGCGGGCCGUUUUGGCACUCAAGUCGGCGUUGAAGCAUCCAGAAAUUUUUUCAAAGAUAAAAACAGUGCCUGGGAUGCUGGGGUCAGCUAUGGUCAGAGGUUCGGGGGACUUGGGGGCCGGAGCGAGCCAGUGUUUGGAGGCUUCGUCCGAGGAAGGUUUUAAAAAAACUAUUUAUUUUUCCUUAAAUAUUGUUUCUAAAUAACAAUAAAAUGUGAUAUCACAAAAAA